AUGGAUGUUGACACAGAUGGAAGAAAGUCGCGUUCGCGUAGCAGAUCUGAGGGCUCAGAGUCGAAGAUGUCCCACGAUGGAUCUGCACACUCGAGGUCUAGAUCUAGAUCUAAAUCAGGAUCACGUUCGCGUUCGCGCUCUAAAUCUAGUUCCCGUUCUAGAAGUGGUUCGCGUGCUUCCUCGCGCUCGGCAUCACGAAGUUCCGCUCGUUCAAGGAGUGGCUCACCUGCAAAAGACAGGUCCCGUAGCGGUUCACCAGCUCGAUCCAGAUCUCACAGUGGUUCGCCUGCUAAAUCUAGAUCUAGAAGCGGCUCACCUGCAAGAUCGGGCAGUGGUUCACCUGCUAAGUCUAGAUCGAGGAGUGGUUCACCAGCUAAAUCAAGGUCAAGGAGUGGUUCACCAGCCAAAUCGAGAUCCAGAAGUGGUUCACCAGCUAAAUCGAGAUCCAGGAGUGGUUCACCAGCCAAAUCGAGAUCCAGGAGUGGUUCACCAGCCAAAUCGAGAUCGAGGAGUGGUUCAGUAGCCAAAUCUAGGUCUAGGAGUAGAAGUGGUUCACCGGCCAAGUCUAGAUCCAGGAGUGGUUCGCCAGCCAAGUCUAGAUCAAGGAGUGGCUCACCAGCUAAAUCUCGAUCUCGAAGUGGAUCACCAGCUAAGUCAAGAUCGCGAAGUGGAUCGCCGGCUAAGUCAAGGUCGCGAAGUGGAUCACCAGCUAAGUCAAGAUCACGAAGUGGAUCACGUAAUAAAUCUAGGUCGCGGAGUGGGUCACCAGCAAAGUCUAGAUCCCGAAGUGGUUCACCAGCAAAGUCUAGAUCCAGAAGUGGCUCUCACAAAUCAAGAUCACGUAGUAGAUCGAGGUCAAGAAGUGGUUCCGCGGCAAAGUCGCGAUCGCGAAGUGGAUCCCGUGCAAAGUCUAAAUCAAGAUCGCGAAGCAGAUCAGGUAGUGGGUCCCCAAGAAAGUCGCGAUCCAGGAGCGGUUCCGCCGUAAAAUCCCCGUCAACGUCUAGAAAGUCCAAGUCGCGAAGUCGUUCUCGGAGCAAAUCGCGAGAGAAGUCAAAAUCUAGAAGUCGAUCGCCAGGCGACGUUCGUGCUAGAAGCAAAUCUCCUGAGAAUAUGGACGAGGACGGCGAAGAAGUAAUCCGCGGACGCAAGAGAAAAGUUUCCGUACGUUCCGACUCUGGUUCGCGAUCUCCUUCAAAAUCUCGCGCCAAACGCCUGAAAUCCCAUUCCAAAUCUCGCUCACGUUCGCGUUCGAAAUCAGGGUCCCGAUCGCCUUCGCGAUCGCGCAAUCGUUCUCGUUCAAGGUCAAGAUCCGGGUCGAAGUCGCGCUCGCGCUCGAAGUCCGUGGCAAAGUCCCGGUCGCGCUCCAAAUCGCGUUCAAAGUCCCGUUCGCGGUCACGUUCCGGCUCAGCUAAGUCUGGUUCUAGAUCACGUUCUCGUUCGGGGUCUGGUUCCCCAUCACGCAGAGUCGAAAAGAAACGUCGUACAGUUCGGCUGCAAUCAGAUGACGAGGGUGAGGGAGAAGAAAAUCAGGCUCGUGAUGGAGAAGGCGAGACGAAAGUAGACGAUGCAGAAGCGAAACAGGCAGAACAGACUGCACAAGACUCCUCCGAUGAUGAAAUCGCUCCGGAUUCUAAAACCGCGGAAGCCAUGGGUGGCAUGUCGGACUUUGAGAUUAUGUUGGCGCGUAAGCGUGAAGAAAGACGUGGGCGACGACGACGAAGGGAUAUCGACAUAAUCAACGACAACGACGAUCUCAUCGCUCAGCUGCUGCAGCAAAUGCGCCAGGCAGCAGAACAGGACCGCGAACUGAACCGUCGCAAUCAACCCGCAGUACGCAAGGUGUCGAUGCUGAAGUCGGCCAUGUCACAGCUGAUCAAGAAAGACCUUCAGCUUGCGUUCCUGGAACACAACGUUUUGAAUGUGUUGUGCGAUUGGUUGGCGCCCAUGCCCAACCGGGCACUUCCCUGUCUGCUUAUCCGCGAGAGUAUCCUCAAGUUGCUGAUGGACUUUCCCUCAAUCGAUAAAUCGCUUCUAAAGCAAUCUGGUAUCGGUAAGGCGGUCAUGUACCUGUACAAGCACCCAAAGGAAACGAAGGCGAACAGGGAACGUGCUGGACGACUCAUUUCUGAAUGGGCCAGACCCAUAUUCAAUCUAUCAACUGACUUCAAAGCGAUGAGCCGCGAGGAACGACAGGCGCGUGACGAGGCGAUGGCUGGCGGGCGGCGGCGGGAGGAGGGUGGUGGUGGGGGCGGGGGUGGCGCGGGCGCGGGGGCGGGGGCGGGGCCGUCGCGCCGCGCCGCGCAGCAGGCCGCCGCGCACCCCGCGCACGCCGCGCACGCGCCCGCCGGCGACGCCGAGCGCGCGGCGCGGCCGGGCGAGCCGGGCUGGGUGUCGCGAGCGCGCGUGCCGCUGCCGUCCAACAAGGACUACGUCGUGCGCCCUCGCUCCACCUGCGACACCGACAUGUCGCGCGUGAGCAAAAAGAAGAUGACGCGCUAUGAAAAGCAAAUGAAGAAAUUUAUGGACCAGAAGCGGAUGAAGAGCGGAUCGAGACGCGCUGUUGAAAUUUCAAUAGAAGGUCGCAAGAUGGCGCUGUGA